CUUCUUCCCAAAUCCCUCCAGGCGCUCCCAGCCCCAUUCUCCGGCUGCAAGUUACACUGCAACAAGACAGGAAGCAAAGGCAACAUGUGAAUCCUACAGAGGUCCUGGGAGCUGCCACCAGUAAGCAGGUUAUAACUGGGGUGCAAGUGAGGUUGACCAGAAGUCAGCAGUAAACCGCCGGAGUCGGUGCCCCACCAUGUCCAGUUCCUUGCUGGCAGGAAGUCAUGCGGUGAGCUUGGCUCCCCACGAAGAAACCAGGACGGCUCUGCACCCAGCACCCAGCCCCAGCCUGACACCACAGUGCCCUUACUAUACCACGGAAGGCUGGGGAACCCAGGCCCUGAUGGCACCUGUGCCCUGCAAGGGGCCUCCUAGCAGGCUCCAGCAGACCCAGCAGACAGAGGCCAAAGCCCACCACCUCCUGCAGUCCGCUGGGGAGCAGGCCUCGGGGUCCCCACAGGACCUUGACUCCUACAUUGACUUCUCGCUGGAGACCCUCAACCAGAUGAUCCUGGAACUGGACCCCACCUUCCAACUGCUUCCCUCUGGGUCUGCUGGCCCCAGAGCUGAGCCUUCCCACAGUACCAUCUCCAGGAGCAAGAAGGAGGAACCGGAAGCCUUAGAUAUAAAAUACAUUGAAGUGACCUCCACCAGAUCCGGGUGCCUCAGUGGCCCCCAGCGCUGCUCCAGCCCAUCUGUCACCCCAUCCUUUGGCUCACCACGCAGCGGCGGACUCCUUUUCUCCAGAGACAUCCCCAGAGAGACUCGAAGCAGCAGCGAGAGUCUCAUCUUCUCUGGGAACCAGGGCCGAGGUUCCUCUCCUCAUCCUUCUCCCUCCCCCAGCAUCUCCAUCCCUUGCUGGGAAAGCAGCGCCUCAGGCUCCCCACUGGCAACCUCUCCAGGUUUGGAGAAGGGGCUGAGGGCAUCGCAGCGGGGCAGCAGGGUCUCUGUGCUGUCAGCCAGCCCGGUAUCAGACAUCAGCUAUGUGUUCGGAAGCAGCCAGUCCCUCCUGCACUCCAGCCUCUCUAGCUGUCAGUCAUCUAAAUCCUUGGAAAGCCCAGCCAGCUCUUCCUCCAGCCUCCACAGCCUUGGCCCAGUGUCGCAGUGUAUGAGACCCAGUAAUGUCCAGGUCCCUAGCAACUCCACUCUGAGCAUGGUCCAGCCCCGAGCAGCCCGCUCCCCUCCAGUGGCCAAGGAGCAGGCUAGCAGCUGCCCCCCAUCCGUCACUAACUCCAUGGUGGACAUACCCAUUGUGCUGAUCAACGGCUGCCCAGAACCACAGUCUCCCCCACCCCAGAGGAUGCCUGGACACCAGGGCUCUGUCCAGCCCAGAGCUGCUUCUCCCAGCCACCCAUGUCAAGCCACCAAGAGUUACAGCCAGACCGUGCCAGAUGGCCCCUUCAGCACAUCCCCAGAGGGUCCUACGAGGGACAUGCAGCCCACCAUGAAGUUUGUGAUGGACACAUCAAAAUACUGGUUUAAGCCGAGCAUCACCCGGGAGCAAGCAAUCGAGCUUCUAAGAAAGGAGAAGCCGGGGGCUUUCGUCAUCAGGGACAGUUCCUCCUACCGAGGUUCCUUCGGCCUUGCCCUGAAGGUGCAGGAGAUCCCAGCGUCCGUCCCAAACAGACCAGGUGAGGAAAGCAGUGACCUCAUCCGGCACUUCCUGAUCGAAUCUUCUGCGAAAGGGGUGCAUCUCAAAGGAGCAGAGGAGGAGCCAUACUUUGGGAGCCUCUCAGCCUUUGUGUACCAGCAUUCCAUCAUGGCCCUGGCCCUGCCCUGCAAACUCACCAUCCCACAGAAAGAACUGGGCGGUACAGAUCCAGCAUCAGACUCCCCCACAGAGAGCCCCAUCUCCUGCCAGAAGAAAUUUGCUGGACCCGGCUGCACCCUAGCGCAAGGUCUGCAUCCCACAGGCUGCCACACGCUGUACCUGAGCUCUGUGAGCGUGGAGACCCUCAGCGGAGCCCUGGCUGUGCAGAAGGCCAUCUCGACCAUCUUCGAGAGGGAUGUCCUCCCCACACCCACCGUGGUCCACUUCAAAGUCACUGACCAGGGCAUCACCCUGACUGACGUGCAGAGGAAGGUGUUUUUCCGACGCCAUUACCCACUCCUCACCAUCCGCUUCUGUGGCAUGGACCCUGAGCAACGGAAGUGGCAGAAGUACCGCAAGCCCUCCUGGAUCUUUGGGUUUGUGGCCAAGAGCCAGACAGAACCACAGGAGAACGUGUGCCACCUCUUUGCAGAGUAUGACACGGUCCAGCCAGCUUCCCAGGUCAUCAGCCUGGUGGCUUCUCUGCUGCGGGAUGCAGAAAGGCUGUAGCAGGAGGGAGAUGCCGGUCCGCCUUCCGUGCCUUGCCAGAGACUUGCCCAAGAGCCUGGCUUCCCCCCUGGACUAAAGGGCUGUGGACACAUUGGCAGGCCUGUCUGUUGGACAUAAGGACAGGAUUGAGUUGAAACCCUUGAACAUUCUGUGACUUUCAGCAGCAACCUUUACCCAGCUCCCAGACGCCGGGCCUCAGUUUCCUUAACUUGGCCCGGCCUUGUGGCACACGCUUUUAAUCCCAACACUUAGGAGGCAGAGGU